CCAGCGGAGCAAAUAUCCCCUUGGACUGUAUUGGGAUCGUGACGUGGUGAUUGGUCAUCUGCCUGCAUUUUGAAAACUACUUAGUUCUCCAGUACUUUGUUGUGAUUCGGUCCCCAGGCGUCUUUUAUACAUGUCUACGAGUUUUAGUGUAUGUGGAAGAAGGUUUAUUUGUUUGUUUUGACUGCUGACGUGUCUGAUUAGAUCACCGGGGCUGCGUCUGACUGAGCGUCCCACGGCCGCAGCAUGAAGCUCUACAGCCUCAGCGUCCACCACAAAGGAGGGACCAAAGCCAACCUGCUCAAAUCGGCCCAUGACCUCUCCUCCUUCAGCUUCUUUCAGCGCUCCAGUAUUCAGGAGUUCAUGACCUUCACCAGUGCCUUGAUUGUGGAACGCACAUCACAAGGAAGUCGUGCCUCUGUCAAAGAACAAGAGUACCUGUGCCAUGUGUAUGUGAGAAAUGAUAACCUGAGCGCCGUGGUCAUCGCAGAUACUGAGUACCCACAAAGAGUCUGCUUCACAUUGCUAGACAAAGUAUUGGAGGAGUUCUCCCGGCAAGUGGACAGUAUAGACUGGCCUUCUGGUAGUCCUGAAACCAUAAACUACAAAGCCUUGGAUAUUCACCUUGCUAAAUACCAGAAUCCCAGAGAAGCAGACGCAAUGACCAAAGUGCAGGCAGAACUGGAUGAGACAAAGAUCAUUUUGCACAACACUAUGGAAAGUCUGCUGGAGAGAGGAGAGAAGCUGGAUGACCUUGUGGCAAAGUCAGAGGUCCUGGGAACCCAAUCCAAAGCCUUCUACAAGACUGCACGGAAACAGAACUCAUGCUGUGAAGUCAUGUGAUGCGGCUGCCUGCCCUCACGGACACGCCUCUCUCUCUCUCUCUCUCUCUCUCCGCACGCCUUCUUUUUGCUCUUCCUGCAACUUCCAUCAUGCACCAGCCACCAGCUCCAGGAAAGAUGCCCCACAGGGUCGAGGACCAGUCUCCCUUGGACUGAUGGGGGCUGAAGGAGUGGGGGGGGGGGGGGGGUUGGUCUUGAGGGAAGAAGUACCAUCUAUAGCCUGAGGUUGUGUAUCAGUGGUGUGUAGUCAGAAGAACGUCCUCUAAACAUUUAAUUUGUUGUUACAAGCUCAUCCCUUAAAGUUCUUAAAUGAGUAUUAACUGCCCGUGUGCUUCUCCUUGGAAGCAACUCUUGACAAUCUGUCGCAUUUCACAAGACGCGUCACUCGCUUGGGUUCGGAUUAUGUCAAAGCCCCCCCCCCCCCCACCCCCCUUUUUUUUCCGACCCCAGUGGGCCACUCGCUGAAUCUUAAAAGGGGUUACAUGAUGUCUUUCUUUUCUUCCACUUGUCUCAUAGUAUUAAAUGAAAGCUUAAACAUUCCCACUGGGCCGAGUGUGUUCGUAGGUGUGAUGUGAAACGGUUCUGCCUAGACGCAGCCUUACAGUAGCGCGGCUGAUGUGUAACCGAACGAACGAACGGGCGCGUAAACUAAUCUCUUCUACGUAAUCCAUUGUAGACUAGGUCUUUUUAAAACCAUUUUUAAUACACUCUGGUUGUCCACAUAUAACAUUUAAGCGAGUGGCUCGUCUGGACCUCUCAGAUCCGUGAUCACAGACAUGAUUCUAGGACAUCUUCUCCCGAGACAGAUUCGAAAGGACAAACUGAAAAUGGAGUGAAUUUCACGUCCCUCUCUCACUUAAACACACUCCGUGGCAGACUUGAUAUGGAGAGAUGUCCUUCUCAGUUUUAGAUUAAGAGAUGCCUUCAGUUGUGUGUUAUAGAUGUUUCUCUGCUCUCUGCAGUACGUGUGUAUGAUUUGCCGAUAUACAGCACCGAUGUUGAGUGCCUGUGAGUGAGGACCGUUGUGUGUGUGUGUUUGAUUUGAAUCGCUCUUUCUGCUUUUACUGUGUAAAAUAUUGUGCAAUAUGUCUGCAGACUGUCUUUUAAAAGCGGAGAGAAGAACUGAGAACAGAAGAACAGUAAAAUUGACCUUUGUAUAUGCUGUUCUUACAACUAAUUUCCAUGUGAAGCGGCUUACAGAUUCUUUCUGGGAUUUGUCUUUGUUUUUUUCUUUCCAGUUAAUAAGUAAAACAAUUGGUGUCUUUAAUUAGUCUGCAUUAAAACUGGUCUGGAUUUGGUCUGUGCAGAAAUAAAGAUAAACUGUUUUUGUG